UUAAUUCAAUCAAAAAUUAAUUGUCAUACGUCAGUUAAAAUGGUUAAAGGAUCAACCAAAAUUUCAAAAAAGGGUGAACAUUCUUCUAAAAAAUCAGAAGAAAAACAGGAACAAAAACUUCCAUCUACAACACAACUUCCUGAAAUAGAUACAACAAAUUUCAAUGAAAUAACAGUUACUAUAGAAAGUUAUCAAAAUAUGGUUCCCGCUUAUCGAUCAUCUUACAUAUUUUCAAAAAUUCAGUUUGGAGGAAUUGAUCUAGGAGAAUCCCCAAAAAUCCUCUUAACAGAUGACCCCAUACUCUUGGCUGAUCAUGAAUUCAAGUUAAAAUACAACACCGAAUCUCUUAGUGAGUUAGACAAGUUAAUUACAAAUCCAUUAAUAGUCAAAAUAUUCCAAUUUCCUAACUUAGAUUCAGAAAUAUUUGUCGAGGACACUAGUAAAAGCGAAGAAGAUAAAUUGAUUUUAGAUCAAUCUUUAUCAUCGGUGGAGAGUGCUAUAAGUUUAUACGAAGCUCUUACUGGAGACACUGUUGAAAAAGUAGAUUUUCUUGCAUCCCCAAGUCGCGAGAAAAAGCUCAAAGCUAAAGGAAAAAAAAAUGGUAAAAAAGAAAAGAAAGGAAAUAAAAAUAGCAGCACUACUAAGAGUAGUGGAAACAAGCAUGCAAAAAAAUCCAAUAACGACAGUAAAACAUCUCAAAAAUCUAGCAAAAAAGGUUCCAAAACAUCUCAUAAAAAAGGAGUUAGUAAAGAAUCUAUAGGAAAAACUACCUCCAAAGCUGUCUUUGACGCCACAGAAAAAGAGACUGGAGUCUGUAUUUUAGAUUUGAUGCCAUUCAUUUUUGAAAAGUCGUCGUUUACUGAGUUUUUACAACUAAUAGUACCGGAGCCGUUUUGUGAUGAUCGCAUGAUACGGUAUUCAUACCCACCAGGAAUAGUUGUCACUGUAUCGAUAGAAAAACCAUUGACUUUCACUUGCAAACCUAAACUGUUAAAUAUCACGUUCGACUCCAUUUACAAUAUUCCGUCCAUUAUGAAUGAAGAAAUGGAGUACCAUUUAUGCCUUACUUUGCCAUCUGUGGACCAGACCCAUCAAUAUAUUUUAAUCAAAGAUGGUAACUACAGCACAUUUCCCGAACGAAUAAACCAUAAACAGUGGCCAAAUAUUUCCAAGGAUUAUGCGAACGUAACUCUUUACCGUGCCGACUAUGAUCCUAAUACGAUAAAAAAUUACGUAGACAAAGUUGAAUUACAAAAUACAUUUGAGAGAAACCAACCUAGAAUUGAGUUUAACUUAAUCAAAAGAAAUGUUUUAUUAAAAGAUGGUUUUCUAGCAUUUUUUGAUCACAUUAGAAAAUUUCGCAGAGUUGUUCUUGAAAUUCAUGCAUUUAAGAAAACAGACGAAACUGUUCCAGAAAGUUCAAAAAAAUCUAAAAGUAAGAGUAAAGUAAAAGAAGUAACAAGUGUCGAAACGACGGGCAAUGAAAAACUUUCUCCUUAUUUACAUUUGAUGGCUGUACUUGAACUUUCAUCGCUGUUGUAUCCCGGAGUUACAAAAACUAAAAUUGCCAUUCCUAUUACAACAUUUCACGAGCAGGAAGCACAUCUUUAUGGUGGAUUAGAAAACUCAUACUUUUUUCCUCCUGCUGUAAAAGUUUUUGACAAAAGUACUAGCAAAGUAAUUGUGGGGAAAAAAGACAAGAAAGAAAGAUCAAAAUCAAAAGAAAGUAAAAAAUCAAAAGGAAGUAAGGAUACGAAAAAAAGCAAAAAGGCGAAGGAGAGUAAAAAGAAAAAAACAGAGAAAAUAGAUGAUGAAGAUUUAAACUUAAAAUCCAAACUACCACCAACACCGACUCCUGAGCCUCCACCUGAACCUAGUAUCAAGUUAUAUGAUGAACACGGAAAUCCUACAUUCAUCGUUUUAGAAAUCGAAUUAACGGAAUCUUUAAUAGAACGAAGAAAAAUUGAUGACCUACACAACAGUUUAAGAGAAGUGGUACAAAUAAAACCACCAAUACCAAAAGUAGUCUUUGAUAACCAGGCGGCGAUCAAGCUUUGUCGAAAUAUUCUUCAAGAAAUUAUUAAAGAACUUAACAGAUAUUACACAGUAUAUACGGAACAAAAAAGCUUAUGCUUCUGUGAAAAACAGGCUGACUUCAUAACAUAUAUGAAAAGAUGCGGAAUAUAUCAGAACUACUUACUUACUUUAAUGCAAAUUAGUAGCUUCAUAGCAUCGUUUAAGCUAAACCUACUGGAGGAAAGUAUGAAUCAGCAACAGCACCAAAAUUUCGUAGAAGAUAUUUUCAGAAGACUAAUAACUGAAACUAAUGAAACUUUGCAUAAAAUGACUGUUAUAGGUCGUAAUACUGUAAAACUUCCCAAAACAUCAUUUAAUUCCGUACUAUUCUUUGCACAAGAAGCAACAGAAAUAGGAAACUUAGAUUUGGCAGAUAAAUACUAUCUGGAGAUAUUACACCAUGGUUCCAAGAAUGCAGAUCAUUGGUUCAAUUAUGCGGUGUUUAACCUUCAACGGGGUCAGUUUGAAAAAGCGUUUAUGUGUUUACAGGAAGCUUUAUCCAGAAAGAUUUACCACAAAAACAGUUUACUGUUAAAUGGAAUUCUCUUGGCAGAAAAAAGACGGUUAGUGGAAGCUGAAUUAUGUUUACUUACUACAAUGGUUCACCAACCACGUUGGGUAGAAGGUUGGGUCGUUUUAUAUUUAUUUUACAAAGAUGUCGAAAAUGAGGGAGGAAUGGACUUAUCACUAGAAAUGGCACUAAAAUUCUUAGAUGAUCCUCGCUACAAGGACGAUGCUUUCUCAAAAAGAGAAGAUUUAAUCUGGACAUCCAGCAUUUGUCCCAAAACGAUAUAUUUUAAGGCUAGUAUCCUCCUUCUGAAAAUGAGAGCCUAUUCCUGGGUAGAAAACGCUUUAGCGUGUGAGCUAAAACACACAGGAAUUGUUCACUAUAUGUUGGCUGUAAUUUGUUAUUACAGAAAAAGAUAUGAACACUCUUUGGAACAUUUAGAAAAAGCUCGAUUCUUUCAUGGUUCCGAUUAUCCUGUUGUAAGUUUGACGGGCCACUGUUAUUUAGCCCUUGGAAAACCGGAACAAGCACUUUAUGAAUAUUUACAAGUGUUGCAAUCAUUUGAAAGACCAGACGACAUGCAUCUACUUUAUAUAAAUUGUGCAGAGAUAAUGGACAACAUACAGGAAGCUAGAAAAAUACUUUUAAUAGCAUGCAAAAAUCAUCCUACUCCUUAUACAUGGAUGGCUUGUGGAAUCGCAUAUCUAGCGCAAAAUGAUCUCCUAAGUGCCGAAGAAUGUUUUUCGGAAUCGGUUCUAUUAAAUAAUUCAGUUGGUGUGUGUUGGGGUUACUUGGCCUUAAUUAACUUAAAAAUGCGACAUAUAAGUGAGGCUGAGCUUUGUUAUGGAUUAGCGCUUAAGCAUAAUAUAAAUGAUACUGAACUGGUGGAAAAAAUAAAACAUGAAGCGGAAAAAUUAAAAUCACCAAAAAACUCUGUGUUUUUUAAUACAUUUAUGUAA